CGGGAAGCGUUAAGAUCAUUUUGUCGCGAGUACAGCAUCCGCGGCCGCUCAGUUGCUCAGCGGACGGCGAGAUCAUCGAGCGUGUUGGAAUGUGUUCUGCUAAUUGACGCUCCGAUCGCUACUAGCCCGAAGUGUGGAUCACGCAUUACCCGUGUUGGGUUUCCGGACGAAAUAGUGAUCAUCUAGUAGAAAAGGUGACGCCCAGCGCGGGCUGUUUACUGCGCGAAGUGAACUGAGCAUUGAGCGUGAUAGUUAAUUGUGUUUCUUGGGUUUGGUCUGUGUGUGUGUGUGUGUGUGUGUGUGUGUGUGGACUGUUGCCCUUUUCUCUGCUGGCGCUAGUGAUAAGUGCAACCGCACCGUGCGGCCACAAUCAUGACGGCGGAAUCGUUGAAACCGUUUCUCAAUCUACCGAACGCGACCGCGAAUGAGCUGAAAGCGAAAUGUGCACGGAAAUCGACCGCCAAGUGCGCUCUGGCGAUACUUGGAUACACGCUCGUGGUAGCAUUCUGCUGCACAGUCAUUGCCGUCGAGGUCUGGCAUUUAAGUGUGACCGAUGCGCUGCAGCGUGAAGUCGACGACCUGAAGCUGCAGCUGAAGGAGCUGUCGAUGCCGCGAGCGGGUGAUUUCAACGAUUAUGAGUUUGAUAACGAACUGUUCGACCAGGGCGACGAAUACUCGACUGCGUACGAGUCGGAGGACUUUGACGUGCAGCCGAGGGAAGAGGGCGAUAGCGAUGCCGGUGAUGCCGAGACCGACAGCGAGGACGAUGGCGAUGACGAUGAGGACAGUUCAUUGGUCGGAACUGGAGCCCUACGAUCGGAGUACGGUGGCGAGCUGGAAGAGGAGAACGAAGAGCUGUUACAAGCAUGGCGUAGACCCCCGAUGACCACCGAUGAUGACAACGGGGCAGAUCCGGUCACCAACGAGGACGACCUUCGGUUCGAUGAUGGCGUCGAUGGCGAGGACAUCAGUGUGUCGGUGCUGGAUGGUGAGACGGGUGGGAACGUACGCCGUGCACGAUCCAUUUCCGGUGUCACGCACCAGGGUGUACCGAUCGUUGAUGAACCGUACGUACCACGGCGGAACCGGUCCCGGCGACCGCACCGGAUCUACGAGCAGCUGCGCCAACGGCCGGAAGAGCUCGUCACGCCACCCUCCACAUCCGACAUGUUCCGCUGGGAUGUCGAAAGCAGCAGCAGUUCGAGACAGUCAGCCGUGUCUCAUCACACACCCACGCAACAGUACGGAUCGAUCAGCAUUAGACCGUUCCAGCAGGAGGCUCACGGGCGCCGUGAAGGACAUCACCACCAGGGUACCACUCCAAUGUCGGUUGCUGCCUACGAAGCGAGUGCACGUCAUGGUUACGCACGCAAUCAGCAUAACCCAGCACCAACAACCAGCGCUCCGGCCGCGGUCUUAAAUCGUCACAGUCGAGUACAGGCGACCAGUGACCCGGGUAGCGGUAGCCAGCGUGCUGCACUGCUGCAACAGACGCGAUUCCCCAAGGUGGUUGGCAAUCCAGGAACACAAAAGGAGAUUGUCAUGACACCGGAAACGCGGGUGCGAAUGCGCACCCGUAAGGCGGGCACCGUACAGAACGGUGGCGGUGAACCGGUGGCCAAGGGUGUCCAUCUGGUGAAGCAGUUCGUGCACGGUGUGCGCCAUCGGAACACCCGGCAUACACACUGGCAGGCGAGCGGUGAAUCGAACAAGCACUCGGUCAUCUCGCGCAUCUUCUCCUUCGACGGUGAACAGCUGACGGUCAACGAACCCGGUCUCUACUACGUGUAUGCUCAGAUAACGUACGACAACCAGCAUGACGUCAACGGGUUUAAGGUGCUGAUCGGUGGUCAGAAGCAUCUUUCUUGUACGGUGCAUGCCCGGGGCGAGAACACCAAUACCUGCUUUACGGCCGGGUUGGCCGAAAUUCCGUCCGCCGGUACGCACAUCGCCAUCGAGGACGUCGAUCAUGGCCGCCAGCAUGUGAUGUACCCGGAGAAAACGUUCUUCGGUGCGUUCAAAGUGGGCCGGCUGCCACCGUCACAACUGGCCAAGCGGAACGUUUAGAGCCGCCAACGUGGCGGCGUGCCAUCGCGGCAUAUUAUCUCCUGUAACAACCCCUCUGUAUUCUCCGUAUUAUGAACGCGUACACUCGAGGCACAGGGCUGUAAUUGCAUCGUACCUGUAUGUUAUGUUAGAUGGAAUGGCAAAGGGAAGAGAUAGAGAGAGAGAGCGAGAGAGUGAGAGAGGGAUGCGGCUGCAUGAGAUGAGAGGUGAAAGGCGUGUUGGAAUGGCACCGCGAGUGCCGAGAGCCAUAUUUGCGUGUAUUUAUUACUUUCUUACUAAAACAUCGCGCCCUAUUAGUACUCGUUAAGAUCUUCAUCUUCAGUGUUUGUGUUUAACAAUAUUCUUCUUCUUCCUCUUCUUCUUCUUCUUCUUUUUCUUCAUCGCCUACGAGCACGCUUAUCCGUUGUAUAUGCAUGGCACCGACCGAUCGGUACAUAAUCGUUUGUGAUAUUUUCCUGCGAAACCGGAACGGAACACGAAGGCUGUAUAAGAAGUGCGGCCCCCCCCACUCCCCCGUUGUAUCGAUUGUGGCGAUGAGUGGAUGCUGGCCACCCCCCUUAAAAGUGGUGCCAGUCUAGCGCAUAUUCUUCCGCCAAUAAAGAUGUUGUUCUG